GUGUUAAUUAAUCCCGUUCUGCUUCUGCACCUCAACAACUGGCCGUGUCACAACGCUCGGUUCCUUCUUAGCCCAAGACCGAGAUAGUGCGUGCUCAUUCGGUUCCCAAGGGCGUUGACGAGCCAUUGCUUCAUGCUGCAGCCCUCGAUCUUCAGAGAAGGCAGUAACAUGGACAACGCGGUGGGGCAUCCCAAGCUUAUGUCGCUCCAUUUAUUAGAAGAAAUUACAGCUGGUUUCUCUAAGAACCGGAAACUUGGAGGGGGUGCGUAUGGAGAUGUUUACCUGGGAGAGCAUAAAGAUGGAGUGAAGAUUGCUGUGAAGGUGCUUAAAGACGUUUUAGACCUUGACGAUGAGCAAUUUGAAAAGGAGUAUCGCAACCUUGAAAUUCUAGAGCACAAAAAUGUUGUCCGGUUAGUUGGCUCUUGCAAUGAAACCAAGGGAGAAUAUGUACCUCACAAGGGAAGGAUGGUAUUUGCUGAAAAGGCUAGGAGGAUGCUUUGCUUCGAGUAUAUGUGCAACGGAAGCUUUGAGAAUUUUAUUUAUGAUGAAUCUAAUGCAUGCAGUUGGCAUACACGCUAUGCGAUAAUUAAGGGGAUAUGUGAGGGCUUGGAAUACCUUCAUGAGAAGCUAAAACCUGAUCCUAUGUAUCAUUUAGAUUUAAAACCAGCCAAUGUACUGUUGGACGAGAACAUGUCACCAAAAAUCGCAGAUUUCGGCGUGUCAAGGCUGUUCUUAGAAGAAAAAACAAGAAAGACAAACAGUGCUCUAGGAACACUUGGGUACAUACCACCAGAGUACAUAAACGAAGGUUUGAUCUCAAUUAAGUUUGAUAUAUUCAGUUUGGGUGUCCUGAUCAUAAAGAUAAUGACCGGGCGAGAUGGCUACUCCAGAAGUGCUGAAAUGUCUUCCCAACAGUUUGUUGAUCUCGUACAUAUGGACUGGAUGAAUAGGCUACAAGCGCCACAUGCGUAUUCUAUACAAGCAAGGAGGUGCAUCGAAAUAGCUCUAUCUUGUGUUGAGACUGAUCGACACAAAAGGCCAAGUAUUGGGGAUAUCGUCAGUAAUCUGAAUAACACAGAGUAUGGAAUCCGGAUUUUUGACGCAUUAAGAAACGGCUCGGACCACCAGAUGUGCCCUUGCAUUUGCAAUGAGAAUGUGAUGCUGGAUAUCCUGGAAAGCAAAUCGAUCUCUUACCCACUCCAUGUAACUGACAAUAGAGGUAGGGUGCACGAAGCAACAAUAACGACUGCUGGUAACACGUCAACAUUUCAGCAGCCUGUCAAACCGAGAAUCAAGAUCAUAGACUGCAUGGAGGGUAUAGACUGCAUGGAGGGUUCGAGCCUCAUUACUACAAUAGAUACGCAUUCAACAGAGCCUUGGAUAUUGGUUGGUCAUUCCAGUGGGAAGGUCUCUAUUUGGAACCAUCAAAACCAGACAAGAGUGAUGACAUUCCGAGUUAAAACAGGCAUUUGUACAGCUAAAUUCGUCGAGCCGUUAAUGUGUUUUGUGGUCGGCAAUAAUCUAGGAUACAUCCACGUAUAUUCAUAUAUAAAAAUGGACAAGCUGCGGGUUUUUAGAGCUCACGAGGGUCGCAUAACCUCACUGGCGGUUCACUCCGGCGAGCCAUUUGUGCUCUCGGCAUCUCGUGACAAGCUCAUCAAACUUUGGAACUGGGAGGCUGGCUAGCAGUGCAUAAGGACAUUCGAAGGACACUCAGACUCUGUGGUUCAAGUCAAGUUCAACCCGCAGACUGCAGGAACCACUUUUGCUAGUUGUUCAAGUGACUCCACGAUAAAGAUCUGGAACAUGAUGUAUUCUCCUACUCCUGUCGCCUCAUUGGACUGCAAUUUCGGAUAUGCUACUAGUCUUGAUUAUUUCAGCCCGGGUGGUGAUUUGCAGUAUUUGGUUACACGCUGCUCUUGGUCUGGGAGUGCACGGAUCUGGGAUUUGGAAACAAAUACAAUUAUUAAAGAUAUCGAGGGACUCCAACGUGGUUGCCCAUUGGCUAUUGCUGUGGUUGAAGGUCUCCUAGGUCGUCCGAUUUUGCUUACAGUGUCAGAUGACCACACUGUUGCUUUUUGUGACUCAGUUACUCACAGGUAUGAGAACAGGGUUAACUUUAAUAUGGGAUAUGUUAAUGGUUUUGCAUACGUUCACAUGGCAAAAAGCAUCGCCGUCCUAUAUACUCACAGAAUUGGAAUAAUGGAAAUCGAUUGAUCUUCCCACAAAGAUUCGCAUUUAAUGAAGGUGACAGCGGUCGCUUUUGACGUUUACUCGGUUCAGUAUACUGUAUGAUGCCAUCCUUGGCUGUCUUCGUGGAUUGUUUUGUACCAGUCACCAUGUACAUUUUUGCGGUGCGCAUUGGAAUUUGUGUGGAUACCAUCAUCUUCGUAAUGAAGGAGCCAACAAAUUAAUGUUACUAUUCUUUGUC